AUGGAUGUUGAUGACCCCCCACCUACGGCACCGGCCGAUUCCAGUACUACUAACCAGGCCGGUGUCGGUGACACUACGCCCAAUGCCCCCCAGCUACCGAUAAACUCUCCUGUGACGGCAGUACCAACUGCACCCUCCCAACCGAUCUCCAACAAUGCACCAGGUUUUAAAUACAAGUAUCCUGAAGCUGCUCCAACCCCACCUGGCGAAGAUGAUAUAGAGUGGAAUAGAACAUACACUGCUGCGGACUCUCGUUUUUACAACAAGAACGGCAAGAGUGCUCAACAAUCUAGAAAGUUUCGGCAGUCAGGAGAAACAUAUCAGCUUGCUCUCCAGAUGAUGGAAGCGAAGAAGAUGAAGUCUGAUACUACAACUACUGGCGGCUUGGGCAGCUCUGGUGCAACUACCAAAGCCGCCGUGAAGACGAAGCCCGUCAAGAAAGCCCAGCCCACAACUGCAAGAAUGGAACCCUCCACCGUCGCCGUCGAUGCGACGUUAGUUGGUGGCAUGACACCACUAAGCAUUUCCGAACAGAUCAAAAGUGAAGGACGUGCAAGAAAGGCCCCUUCUGCAGCUCCAUCUUCUAAACAAGGUACACCUGCUCCGUCAUCAGCUUCGAAAUUGAGCAGCCCCGCACCUUCGGUCAAGCCCGAAAAGCCUGCUACAAAGAAGAAGGGUACCGCUGCUCCAGUCAGGAGGCCUAAAAAGCCUAAGACCAUCGACAAGAUGAAGUUCCAACCCGGCCAGUCAAACCAACCCUCGUCCACGAACACUGCUGGAUCAUCCGAUUCCGAGAGCAACGAUGGCGGCGAGUACUGCGUCUGCCGCGGCCCCGAUGACCAUCGCAUGAUGGUAAAUUGCGAAGGAGGCUGCGACGAGUGGUACCACUGCUCUUGCAUCAACAUGGACGUUGAAGAUGCCAAAGAGCUUCUUGACCGCUACAUCUGCCCCACUUGCACGACUGAGGAGUUGUUCACAUCGUGGAAGCGAAUGUGCCGUUAUAAUACCGUUGGAGCUUAUGCUGGCUUUACACCAUGCCGCAAGGCUGCUCGUGUUACGGACCAGCCACCCAGCAAGUACUGUAGUGAUGAACACCGUCGCGCAUUCUUUGAAUUUGUUGGAGACCAAUUAGCUCGCGACGAUAAUGCCCCAUCCAUGGGAGGAACUUUGAACGUUAAUGAGAUCCGUGACAUUCUGGUGGAAGCGCCUACCAAUGCCGCGAUUCAGGCAUUAGGCAAGAAGCCCAGACUUCCAAUUCCCGAAGGCUUCGAUCCUAACCGCCCCAUCGGACUCGACUAUGUCACUCCCGAGGAGAUUGAAGACCUGAAGGCAAUUGAUAUCAAGAAGAAGGUCAUCGAGCUACGCAUUGAAAAUUUCAAGAACCAGCAAAAGCUCCUUGUGAUGAUCCAUGAACGUGCCCAAGCAGCCGCCAAGCACCCUGCAUGUGAAGAGAAGACGCCUUGUGGCUAUGAUAAUCGCCUUGCCAUCAAUGAAUAUGAGUUUGGUCGCUGGAUGAAUACCGCAGAGGGCAAGUCAGCCUUCGAGACUGGAAAGCUUGGCCCCCGUACCUCUGAGACCAAGUCCAUCAGCGCCGCCAUUUGUUAUCCAGGCCAAGCUGUUCCAACUUCUGGGGAAGUUCCGGAUGAACUCAACAAUAUCUGUCUCAAGGCGAUGAAGUCCUGCAUCAAGCAUCGUGGCUGGCGUAAUAUCCAUGGCCAAGACUAUGCGGCAAUGCAGGCCGAACUCACGAAGGAUCUUGAAAAGUUGACGAACCAGGCAAAUGAUAUUAUUGAGGAUGCAGAGACUCGAGAGGCCACCAAAGAGUACCAUGCCCACAACACUGUUGAGCAGCUCUUCUAG